CAUGCAGCAGAGUUUCUUCACCUAUGAAAUUAAAAGUUUUUAUUACACAGCAAUGAACAAUAUUUGUAGCUUGAACAAAUAAUAAUCAAUUGCAGAAACGUGUAAUAGUCUGUUAUGGAGUAGUUACGUCUGUACCAGCGGUGCCCACCCUGUUUUGUGCCAAGGACAGGUCAGCCAGUACCACUCGUUACUACGGAGUGGUACCGAGGUGCUGAGCAUUGAAGGAUCAUUACAUUUUCAAAAUAAAACAUCUUUUAGACUCUGUUCUGUUUGUAUCAGAGUCUGAAUGACCUGUUAUUUUAAAAUAUUGCCAGAUUAUUUUUAAAUAAAGAUAAGUAAAUGGAUAUGACAAGAUUUUGUGACUGUAGGACUGUAUUGCUGAUGUGGCCCCCGGUGAAAAUGAGUUUGACACCCCUAUAACAUAUACCGACAGUAUGACCAUGCAAAGUAAUAAGCGAUAGAUAAUAUAGUUUUUAAUUUAGAUUAUAGUUUGAACUUUAUUGAUCCCACAUUAUUGUGUUAACAGCAGAUCUGUUACAACAGGCUGCCCCUUGGAGGUGCUAACUAUGUGCUUUUUCUGGGAAAAGAAUCCAGGACCUUCUGUGUGUAAGGCCGAUGUCUAAGCAGGCGUGAUAACCACUACAUUAUAUAACCUCUAUAUAAUGGAUGGAUGAAUGGAUAGAGAAAGUCAGACUUCUACAGUGAUGAAAGGGUGGAGUUAACAAAACAAGUAGCAGACGAAGGAGUGUCAACACAGGAAACCACUCAGAAGAACAAAACAGAAAUAGUCUCUCAGAGGGGCCAGGGUGUUGGUGACUGGAGCCAGCUCAGGGAUCGGUGAACAGAUGGCCUAUCAUUAUGCUCGCUUUGGUGCGAAGAUAGUCAUAACGGCAAGAAGAGAAAAGGUUUUAGAACAGGUGGUGGAGAAGUGCAGGACCUUAGGAGCUCAGGUAGCUCUUUACGUAGCAGCAGACAUGAGCAGUGAGUCGGAGCCUCAGAAAGUAGUGGACUUCGCUCUGGAAAAGCUGGGAGGACUGGAUUAUCUGGUUGUCAAUCAUAUCGGCUUAACCCGCGUUGGCAUGUGGGAUGGAAAUGUACAACACAUCAGGUGGCUGAUGCAGGCUAAUUUCUUUAGCUACGUGCAGAUGGCCUGGAGAGCCUUGGAUUCCCUUGAGCGGAAUAAAGGAUCGCUAAUCAUUGUUUCCUCUGUUGCAGGGAAGAUGCCAAGUCCCUUCGUCGCACCAUAUAUAGCAACAAAACACGCCUUGAAUGGAUUCUUCGGAUCACUUUACCAUGAGCUAUCGAUGAAAAAGAGCAACGUGUCCAUCACCAUAUGCACACUGGGACUGAUUGAUACACAGACGGCUAUGGUAAACGUUGGGCACCUAACAUCUAUACCAGCAUACCCAGCCACAGAUGCUGCCUUGAACAUCAUCACUGCAGGAGCCACCAGACAGCCAGAGCUUUACUACCCAUGGUUCACCUUCCUCGUUAAUAUAAUGAAGGAUUGGUCCACUACGGCAACAGAUUAUGUCUUACAGAAUUCCUUCAAGGAAAUACCGUCCUCUGUGCUGCUGGAGAAGAAUGCAGCGCUCGCCUCAAACAAAUGAAAGCGUAUAGGAGAGGUGAGAGGCCUGAGCCCAGGCUCAUGUGGUUCAGUAGACAGCCCCAGCAGAACCAGGCCAAAGUCAACAGGAGCUACAGCACAGCCUGGUGUUCCUGCCCACAUAUACAUCACCUGUUUGGGCCGGUUACAUAACAUUAUAAGAGAACAACUGUUUGAGUGUGAUUCUCUUCCUCCUACACACUUUUUACUCUGGAAGACUGAAGUGAGUGAGUAGCCUCGCAGACGUAUCUGCAGGUUCACCGUGUCCAGGAACAGCUUAGGAACUGAACCAGCAAGAAUCAAAUCCUGAAGGGAAAGUCAAAAUCCCCCUAAGGUUCUAUUUUUUAGUUUAACUUUUGUGGAAUUGAAGGGGAUUUUUUAAAGCAAUUCACAACCAUCUGCACUUUCAGGACAAAAAAAAGUAAGUCCACACAACAAGUACCAGAUGUGCCUCUGGGCUCCGCGGCCAAGUCUCCAUCAGCAGCCAGCGCUCUCUUUCCCCUGAGGGUGGGAGGCCGGCAGCAUGCAUAAUGCCUGAGCUGUUUCAUGCAACAGGUAGCCUGCGUUUCCACAUUUACCCCCCGCAGCUCUGUUGAAAAAAGGGAUCCUGCAGAUAUCUCAGCAGGAGCAAACCCAGAAAAGUGAAGAAGAAGAAGAAGAGAGUCUCUCUUCCUCACAGCUCCAUUGUGAUCAUCCCCAUGCUGCUACCUACAAUAACAAUGACCUGUGGUCAAAUGCAUGGCCUCCAGCACCUGCUUCCUACUUCCACUGACCUUUGUCCACACUGACAUUAAGACGUUAGCUGAUUUUCCUAAUCUCGAUACAAGACAAACAGAGCUUCCAGAGGAGAAAGGACUCAGGGCCAAAUUUGUCUUUUGUUUCUGGAAGAUCUAUCAAGGAGGGGGCGCACUAGCUCAAAGUUCCACUCCCACCUUCUUUCAAGAGAGAAAUAGGAGGAGGGGGUCAGAUGCAAGUCGAGCAGAACAGGAGACUGUUUUUUAAACAGGAGGUUUCUCCCUUCAGGUCAAACAAGUUGGCGAAGAAUUGUUCCCCCAAUAAAGACUUUUCAUUGUAUUUUUCACCCUGACAGAAACCACAUGACACUGAUGAUUGUUAAAGGUCAAUAAAAGACUCACAUGCUAA